UUCUCCGUCUCCGGCUCUGGGGUGGUCCAGAACGAGAAGGAGACCAUGCAGGAUCUCAACGACCGCCUGGCCAGCUACCUGGAAAAGGUGCGCAGCCUGGAGGCCGACAACCGCAAGCUGGAGAUCCAGAUCCGAGAGCACAUGGAGAAGAAAGGGCCCAUCGCCCGCAACUGGAGCCACUACUUUGACCUCAUUGAAGACCUGAAGAAUCAGAUCUUCGACCAGACUGUGGACAACUCUCGCAUUGUGCUGCAGAUUGAUAAUGCUCGGCUGGCCGCUGAUGAUUUCCGUGUCAAAUUUGAGGCUGAACUGGCCAUCCGCCAAUCAGUGGAGAAUGACAUCAAUGGCCUCCGCAAGGUCAUUGAUGACACCAACAUGACUCGCCUGCAGCUCGAGAGUGAGAUUGAGGCCCUCAAGGAAGAACUGCUGUUUAUGAAGAAGAACCACGAAGAUGAAGUCAAUAGCUUGCAGGCCCAGAUUGCCAAGUCCGGACUGACGGUUGAAGUAGAUGCUCCCAAGACACAGGAUCUGUCCAAAAUCAUGGCUGAGAUCCGGGCCCAGUAUGACACUCUGGCUCAGAAGAAUCUUGAAGAUCUGGACAAGUACUGGAGCCAGCAGAUCACUGAAAGCACGGUCAUGAUCACCCAGAACACGAAGGAGAUUGAGACGGCCCGGGGCACCGUCACUGACUUGCACCGCACUGUUCAGACACUGGAAAUUGAGCUAGAGUCCUUGCGCAACCUGAAAGCGAAUCUGGAGGGCAACUUGCAUGAAGUGGAGGCUCGCUACGGCCUCCAGAUGGAGCACCUCAAUGGCCUCUUGCUUCGGACUGAAGCUGAGCUGGUGCAGAUGCGGAAUGAUGUCCACCGCCAGGCAGAGGAAUACCAGGCUCUGCUGAACAUCAAAGACAAGCUGGAGGCAGAGAUUGCUACCUACAGGCAACUGCUGGAAGGCGGAGAAGAGCUAAGCCUGAAAGAUGCAUUACUGGAAAGUACCAUGCAGACCACCCAGAAGGUGCACACCACCAAGACUGUGGAUGGCAAAGUGAUUUCGGAAACCAGUGAAAGCAGAGUCUUGAAGCGUUGAAACCUCCACUCUCACCCCACCCUGUGUACCAGGAAGCAUAGCUCCCAUGGCAACUGAGAUGAUGCACCUUUUUGUGCCAGAGCUGAAGGGGGGUCUGGGGAAAGUUGGAAUGUUGUUCAAAUAAAGAUAUGUCACUCAAAGCAG